AGAAGAGGGGGAGGCGUUUCCGACCCUGGAGGAAGCUGCUCUUAAACAAGUGCCCGCCCCGGAAAGGCCCUCAGAAUCAGGGCUGUGGCGCAGAGCUGACGAUGGCGAGGGUCCUCCUGCUCCUGAUAGGGUUUCUCUUGGAGGCGCUCUGUGACAUCAGGGCCCGGGACCCCGAGGUUGAGGAUGACAGGGCUCAAGGUAGUGCAACCUGGCAGGGCCAGAGGUUCGGGAUGUAUGGGCACGGAUCCCCUGUCCCCGGAUACGGCCCCGUACCAGGGGGUCCCAGGCACACCUAUGAUGGAACCCCAGAGGAGUCAGCUCACCCUUCGGGAGAAUUUCAAAACAAUGCCCCGCGAAUAGGAAACUGGUGCGGUUUUGUACACCAGCACAUGGUCACCACGGCUGUGCUCUUGUCCUCGGAGAGGUACAUAGCCAAGUCCCUGAGCCCCUGUCCCAGGAGCCCCACUGACUGCCGGCUGACCCUGUACAAGCUCUCUACCAGGCCUGUUUAUAAAGAGGAGCAGAAGAUUGUCACUUCUCUGCUGUGGAGGUGCUGCCCAGGUUAUGGAGGACACGAGUGUGAAGUCUCUGUGGCAGAUGCCCAUACCUCGGACCCUGGGGACCAGACCUCUUGGGACCCUCGGGCGGGGCUCGGUGACGCCCAGCAGCAGGGAUCUGAUAGGCAGACAGAACUGUCUGAGGACCUCAGCUUGGCACAGCGAGACUUCCAGCCACAAGGAGAUCAUCUUGGCAACUUACCACACCCCGCUGUCUCUCCACAAGACGUCAAACAGACCGGCAAGUGUCCAUUUUCUGCCCCUGCGUUUACGCUUAUCUGGCAUAUGAAACUUCCAGGUGAGGGCCGAGUGGGUGUGGCCUCAGUGCCUCUCCCUGCCCCGCCCGCCUCUGUGACCUCGCCCCUCCACCACACCACCGCAGCGCUGAUGGCUCAGCUUUACCCCGUGCUGGACAGCUUCAACCACACCCUGAGGCGGCUGUCCCUGGAGGUGGGCCGUCUCUCCCACGGCCUGGCUGAGCUCCGGAGGGAAGAGAGGGGUGGGGCCCCGCGUGGAGGAGGAGGAGGAGGAAGAGGAGGAGCGAGAGGCCACAACCUCGAGGCCCGGCUCACGGAGAGCACCAAGCAGAUGGGCCAAGUGAGGGCCCUGCUGAGCUCCAGGCAAAACGAGCUGGAGGGGCGACUGCAAUCCCAGCAUGCUGUGCUGCACCACCACCUGACUGCCUUCAAGGCGGACGCUGACAGCAAGAUUGAGCAGAACGAGGCCAGCCUUCUGUCGCUCAACGCAACCUUGGCAGAGGUGAGGCAAAAGCAGCAUCAACUGGAGGAGACGGUGCACGGGCAGGCCGAUGGGAGCAGAGCUCAGCCUUGGCAGGGAGCGGCUAUGUGGAAGGCUAUAGGGAUGCUGGAGACCAAUGUGUUGAGCAACACCAGGAACGUCGCCACCCUGAAGGAGAAAUCAGACCGGGCAGCCCGUCACCUCGGGGACCUGCAGAGGGGGCUCCGGAGCCUGGAGGGGAAGCUGGCCCUGACGGGACGCACGUCCCAGGACCACUUCACCGACACGGCGCUGGACGUGGAGGCCGCCAGGGCGGCAGUACUGGACAGGGUGACCGAGCUAGCCAGCAACCUCACCAUCCAGGGGCAGCAAGUGAGCGAGAUGGAGUCUGACCUGAGGUACCUCCAGGAGCGGCUUGACGGUGAAGGUGCCGCGUCGACCUGUGACUGUGCCGCCAUGGUGAACGCCAUGUCCAUCCUGCGGCAGGACAUAGCCAGAGCCCUCGAGGUGGACAAGGAGAACCGGCAGGCCUGGGAAGAGGGCGCCGGGGGACAGUACCCCUGGGAGGGGGGCUGGGACGGCUCGCUGAGCGGCCUGCAGAAGGAGCUGAGGCAGGUUCGGGAGUCCCUGUCCUUGGAGCAGGACAGGGGCAAGGCGGCAAUGCUCAAUGUGUCCCGGCUGCAGGCGGCCCAGCUGCUGAUCCAGCAGGACAUCCUGGUCCUGCUCCAGAGGGACGGGGAAAAGACCAAAGAGAUUCGCCGCCUGUCCGGCUCCUUCUCCUCACUGCUGAAGGACGCCAUCCGCCACUCAGAGGUGCUGGAGGUCCUGCUGGGAGAGGAGGUGCUUCAGUUUAAGGAGCUCCCUGCCCAGGAGCAGCGUGAGUACUCCAUACCCCUGCUCAGGAGGAGAGUCCUGCUCGCUGAGGAGCAGAUCAAGAGCCAUGCCCUGACCAUGACCGCUCUGGAAAGUCCGGUCAUUAAUGACGACCCUUCAGCCGCCCCUUCAGAGAGGUUCAAGAGAGAAAGCGAUGUGGUAUACAGCUCCGAGGACUACUCUGUCAGUGACUUCUGGAGCUUGGGGAGAGAGGUGGAGGAGCUGGAGACCAGGAUGAGGCAGCUGGAAGGUCAGAGUUGCAUCUCCCGCUGUUGUAACUGCACCUCACACACUCAUGCUGCUGCCCCUGCAGGCCUGGAGGUGGAAUUACAGGAUGAGGUUGUUGCGCUACGCAGGGGGUUGGAGGAUCACCUGCAAAUGUUCCGGAACAUCUUUGGCAACAUGGAUGGCGGAACACAUCCCAAUGGCACGCUAGACCUGGAUAUGUUGUGGGCUGCACUGAGAGGGAAGGAGGGGAAGAAGAAGUUAAAAAAGCUGAGAAAAGACAAAGAGAGGAGCGGCCAUCUCAGUGCAGGGAUGGUUAACUCACGCAACAAAAGGGAACUCACCCCAAAGACAGAAGACCUCUCUCAGUUCCCGGACGCCCCCAUUGCUUUCCUUGCCAGCACCCAUGAUGGCACGGAGCGACCUGGCCCACUUAUCUUCGAGAGAGUGUCACUCAACCAUGGACAGGCGUACUGUCCGGGAACGGGUGUAUUUCGAGCGCCACACGCAGGGCUUUACCUCUUCCUGCUGACCUUGGAGUUUGGUCCAGGCCCCGCAGUGGCCAUCCUGAAGCGAGAGGGGGCGCCAGUGGCCACCUUGCGGCAGGGACCUGGGGAAGCGGGCGGGGCCGCUACCAGAGUUUGCACCCUGGAACUGGGGCAGGGGGAGCAGGUCACCCUGGAGCUGGUGCAAGGGACCGUGGGACAUGGGAACCCACCAGACAACACCUUUGCAGGUCUACAGUUUCUCAGGACCACCUGAGGAGCAACCACCUCAAGGAGUGAAACCCAGCUAACACAUAAUGUUCUCACAAUGUUACUGGUAUGUUCUGUCAAAGUUAUAACAUUGCCACUAUGUGGCAGCACCAUUGUGAGAAUGUUAAAGGCUAGCUGGAUAUAGUUUAUCCUUCAAACACUGACCCAAGAUCAGCUUAAUGCCUCGUUUUUUUAAAACCCCGUCAUUUUGUGUAUAAAGUUGGCUACUGAAUGAGGAUUAGCGCUUGGGGACAUCCUUGGACUGCUGCCAUACCACCAUAAUGAUUGUGCAUGUGGGAUGGGCUAAUGCUUUGGGGUAUCUUCUUCUAGUAUUCACUAUACCUUACCCAUGUCUUUCAGGCACAAGCCCAUUACAUGGCUUCAGGUAGUAACAUCUUUAAUCUUGACUGUAUAUUAGAAGCCAGUCACUUCCCCAAACAUGGGUACUAUACGCACCAAGGCUCGCCGAGCACCGCAGUCCUGAGUCUUCAGGAACGAAAGAGGGUGGGGGAGAAUCAGUCUGAGGUAUUCAUGGUGCAAUGCUUUUGCUUUCCAGCAGAUGGGGUUAAUACCAUAUAAUGCUGACACUUUGAUGAUGCCCACUUUUGUACUAAUGGUCCUCACUCCUGGUUAUUACUCAGCACUUCAUUGACAAGUAAAGCAGUAAAAUUACACAUAGUUAACUCUCUUCACCUGGUUUCUUAGGUCUGAAUUGGUUGCAGAUAUUAAGGUGAAAACAAAAACCAGCACACCCAGUGGCUCUCCAGGGCCAGGAGUGAGGAGCACUGUUAUAAACUAUAUCUACAAAAGACUGAUCUUUCCUAAGCACCAUAAUAUAUUUAUAGUAAACAUCAUUCUGGUGUAGAUUGCAAAUAAUUGUUUCAUAAAUAUUUUUAAAUACA